AUGUCAAUUGCCCCAAACUACACCUGGCGGGCAUUGCAAAUCAUCGACACUGCGAUAGACUUGCUAUUGCCAACUCUCGUUCUGGUCCAUCUCUUCUGCGCACCAUAUACAAAAGUCGAAGAAUCUUUCAACAUUCAAGCAACGCAUGACAUUUUAAACACUGGCAUCCCAUUCUCCAACACAUCAGCAGUCCUCGCGAGCUCAUACGAUCAUGUGGCCUUUCCUGGUUCCGUUCCUCGCACUUUUGUCGGAGCCCUGCUCUUAGCCGGAGUCUCAAGACCAUUGACGACCUUCUGUUCCUCCCCAGACCAGGUCCAACUUCUCAUCCGAGCGAUCCUAGGUCUUGCCAAUGCAGCUGCUCUCUGGCACCUGAAAGGAGCAGUCGAGACGGCCUACGGACGCAGUGCCGGCAGAUGGUACGUUUUGUUCCAGGCUAGCCAGUUCCACGUCAUGUACUAUGCCUCCCGGACACUGCCCAACAUGUUUGCGUUCGUCCUGACGACGGUCGCAUUGCGGAACUUGAUCAUGGUCAAGUCCAUGGCGUGGAAGACACAGCGCAGCUCCAGGCGGAGGAGGCUUGCGCUAUACUUGCUCACCGUUGCUGGUGUCAUCUUCCGGUCGGAGAUCGCGAUCUUACUUGCAGCGGAGACUGCGUACCUUCUGUUCCAACAACGAAUUUCUCUGGUUAAAGAAGUCAUCCCAGCUGGCCUGGCUGGCGCAGUGAUUGCUCUUCUGGCGACCGUCGCUGUAGACUCGUUCUUCUGGCAACAAGUUCCACUCUGGCCAGAGUGGGUUGGCUUCUACUACAACACAGUCCUAGGAAAGUCGUCCGACUGGGGAACCAGUCCGUUCUACUUCUACUUCCUCAACGCGCUGCCUCGACUGCUCCUGAAUCCGAUGACUUAUCUCAUAUGCAUACCAACGGCGUUGAAGAUCAAAAUGAGUCAGGACGUUCUCAUACCACAGCUGGCAUUCAUUGCAGUAUACAGCUUACUGCCACACAAAGAAUGGCGGUUCAUUGUCUACACUAUCCCGGCAUUGACAGCUGUCGCUGCUGGCGGCGCAAACUGGAUUUGGACUCGACGAGCGAAGACUGCGAUGUAUCGACUGUUGAGCAUCGCUCUUAUUAUUUCGACGAUUGCUUCUUUCGGCAUCAGCCUCGCUUCGCUAUACAUCUCAAGUCUCAACUAUCCCGGCGGUGAAGCUCUGUCGAGACUGCACAAACUCGCGCCACAGGAACCGAGGCUGCCUAUACAUGUCUACCUGGACAAUUUAGCGUGCCAAACGGGAGUUUCGCGCUUGCAGCAGACACAUCCCGGCUGGUGGUACGACAAGACAGAAGACGAAGCAAAGCUUGUCAAGUCGACCUUCUGGAAGCAGUUCGACUACGUGCUGGCCGAGAAGCCGGAGAAAGUCAUUGGGAAUUGGAAGGAGAUCGACACGAUCAAUGGCUUCGCUGGUGUGUCGAUGAGGCCGGGAGACGAAGAUGACAUUCUUCCAAUGCCGGCCGUGCUCGGACGUCCGGGCCGCAUCGUACACGAUGCGUACCAGCGAAUGGCUCUUGUAGCUCGGCAGAAGUUCACGAAGGGAUACUGGCCGGCCAUACGUAUGGCUCCGCGAAUACAUAUUCUGAAGCGAGAAGCCCCGCCCUAG